CAUUUCAAGGCUCCAAAAAUGGCUACCCGGCUGGAAAAGGAUAUCACCAACACCAUAUCCGUGCGUGUAUAUGUAUAUAUAUGCGUGUGUGUGUGUGUGUGGGAGUGAUGUAUUAGCGACCUGAUUGUCGCUGGAAGGAACACUCCUUUCCCAGAGAAAUACCCGAAGCAUGCAGGAAAAACAUUCAAUCUGAAACGUGAAUUGAGACUUGAAGGAAACAAAAUGGUGCUUAAUAUUGAUCUCAACAAUCCACCUUUACCUGCUGAUGGCAUGGUUCCUGGGGGUGAUCCUGUUGAUUUAAGUCUUAGCAUAGGCCUGCCUAGGGAGAGUGGACUAUUGCCAAUACGAACAACGACUAGCUUUGAGUCUGUUGAUGAUGAAGUUAUAAUAUGCUCCCCAAGAAGCUUUGCCGAGGCAAGGGACAAGGCUAGAAGGAACCGGCGGGAGGUAGAGGUGAUUGAUGCAGAAAAUAUUUUCCAAACAGAUCAGUCAGAAUAUCACUGCUGGCUGGCUGGGAUUGCUGGAUCAGUUCCUAUCACUAAUAAGCGGUGCAGAAGAGGAUCACUAGAGCAUACAGAUGCAAAUGUUAAUCAUCCCAUAAACUCUGAGAGGAACAAGAAACCUGAGAGUGACCAUGCAGCUGAAGAUACAGAAGUCCCCUGUAUUGUGGUGCCCUUUCAGAAGAAACCUGAAUUCAAAUGUCCAGUUUGCAUUAGUCCAGUUGUUGAAGAAACAUCAACCAAGUGCGGUCACAUUUUCUGUAAGAAAUGCAUUCAUGCGGCGAUCGCAGCUCAGAGCAAAUGUCCAACCUGCAGGAGAAAACUUAAAGUGAAAGAUACCAUCAGAAUUUACCUUCCAGCCAGUGAUUAAUGGCUCAGUUGUUCUGUCAAAUCAUGUGGUUAGGUUUAAUUUAGGGGGUGCUAUUGGUGGGAAAUAAAGUUGGUGUGGUGAAUCAACAAUAGAGCAUGAAGAAGUAACUAGACAUUUUGAUCUCUGUGUGGCUCUGGUCUUGGUUUGAAUCAAAUUAUCCUAUUAGUUGGGAUAGACUUUUCUUUAUGGAUUUUCAUUUAGGGCUAUAGCGGCUUAGAGACCAUCUAUUUCCCUUUUCCAUUUCAGUUGGUAUAGACAACUAGACAAGUUGGUUUUUGGAACUUUGCUUGCACAGCUUCUGUUUCUGUUAUCAGUUUUUGUUAGCAAAGGCUUCUUGGUUAUAGAACAUCUUGAAUUAGCUUUCAGUUUCAUCCUCUCGUGGUGGUUUCAUUUGAUUGAAUCUUGUAUAUAUGAGAUGGGAAAUUGUACUUCUGUCAGAUUAAACUCAUUGCCUCCCAAAAGAGGGGGUUGGUUUCUGUAUGGUCCUGGAAGUAGGACUCUAUAAAGCUACUUUUCCCGGCAUCUGGCUCAACCUGCAGGUGGGAUAA